AUGGAGGAAUCUGAAAUUCGCGAACAUUCCUCCACAACCAGUCAUCAUAACCUCGGAGGGUGGUCCUUGCCAGAACACUCGCACUCUUACGGAAAUAAUGAAGAGAAUGAUGGACAAAGAGUGUCUGAAAACGCCAUCCAUGAUCAUGGCGGAAAUUCAUCCUUUCGUCAUCAUCAUCAUGAAUCAAACAAGAUGGAUACUUCAUCCCGAAUAUUUCCAAUCAUUCUUUCUACUUUUUUCAUCAUCAUUUGCAUGGUCGGAACCAUGUUUGGAGCUUUUAUUUUUUUCAAUAUUUGGAAAAUUCAAAAUCAUCAUGAUGGGCCGUACAAUCAGGUUGAAAUCUUAAUGAACUCUGCACUUGAGAAGAUAAGUGCAUUGUUUCAGUCCAAUACAAACUCGACUUCAAAAUCCGUUGGUCCACGUGUUCUAACAGAUCCAUCUAAAUUGUGGCAAAAUUGUUCCUAUGUUACUAACUUUACACAAAGUAGCCUUCUUUAUGAUUCUCUAUUUCAAUAUGCUUUAAAUACUUCUUCCACUGGAGUGCAAUAUAAUAACUUUUUCAAUGAUCGAUUGCUGUCUCCUGUAAUAGGAAAGAUAGAGUGUGAAAAAAUCAUGUAUUUUCAAUCUCCUGCAGAUGUGAAACGUUCGAAUUUGGGAAUUUUUUAUCGUCAAGUCGUGGAAGCCAUUGAACAAGAAACAAGAAAUUUAUUCGUUGAAGGAGUGCAUUUGUUUUAUCCUAUUAUGAGCGUCUUUCAAGUGGCUCAUGCAGAAAAUACGAAAUUUGAUAUUUGUGAAAAAGAUGAUGCUCUGUUUAAGGAAAGUUUAAUCCAGUUGAGGGGAAAUAAUUCUACAUUGUUACAAUUGAUAGGAUCUAUUGAUUUUCAAUCGUGCGAACAAUUUUUUUGCCAGCUUGACACACCACAAAACGCAAUCAUGGAUCCAUUUAAGGAAUAUUUAAGCAAGCUCCAUUUUCAUUCAAUUUACACAAACAGCACUGAGAGAAUGCAUUUUUAUAAUGAUCUCUAUACACUCUCUGCAAUUACCAAUCGAUGUCAAUAUUGCUCUUCACAAUCAAAUUUCAGACAAAAAACACGUGAUUUACAAUGUCCUUUCAUGAUUAAUUAUCCAACAAGAGCUGCAGAAAGAUCUUGUUUGGGAAAGAGAGGUUUUCCAAUAUUUUACCCUUCAUUGGCAUUGGAUCAAUAUUUACAAUUUUCGGGAAAUCCAUUUCUAUGCUAUUGCUAUGACUAUGAUCAAUACGCCUCUAGAUGCGACACUCUUUCAAAUUUUAUUUUCCCCUUCUACUUGUUCUUUAAGGAAUAUUAUAUUGAGGCGUUUGCAGAAGGUCUUCUUUUUGUAAUGGUUUUCACAAUUUUAAUAUUACCACUCUUGUACGAAGUUUUCAAGAGAGGACGAUAUUUCUAUAAGGACAUUCAGCUCAUGUUAAAACUCUUGUCAGCAUUGCCACUUUGGUUCAGUCGAUUGGCAUUUGUUAUCUUUUUAAGUUUACCAGAUCCAGAAUUAUUGUGGGACAAACCAAGCAUGAUGUUUGUGUUUGAAUUAAUUAGACAUGUUAUGGAUUCUCUUGGAUUUGAAUAUGUUUUUGUUCCAGUCUUGAUAUCAUGGAAUCAAUUAUAUGAAAAGUUGAAACUGUAUACCUUACCUCAGAACAUGGACUCUCAAUCUGUCAAAAACAAUGCCGUUCAUGAUUUCACAAAACCAAAACUAUUUAAGAGCUCUAUUGUGCUCAUCAUUUUGAGCUAUUCACUCCUAAUCGUCAAUACUUUGGGUAUAUUUGUCAUUUCCAUGAUUUUAUUAACAAGUCCCAGUGUUUUUUACGAGCAAGAACAACAAUCAUUUCGUCUAGCAAGUAGCUCAGCAGGUGAUGUUUUAAUUCCGUUGGUUAUUUCAUUAGUGGCAUUACCACCUGUUUUCACAAAUUUAGGAUUUAUGGUCUUGUCUUUCCUCAUUAGCAAGCAAAUGCAGAAGGCAUCUGAUGUCUCGUUUAGAAAAACCAAUUACGUUUCCAUUUCGACCAAGUAUUUUAUCAUGUCCACGUGUCAAUUAAUACCAGCCAUUCUCUCAGUAGUCACUCUCUAUUUUGGAUAUGACUCAGUGACAGCAUUGAUUUUCUACAUCUCAACUUUUGCAGGUUUUGUACUAUCUGAUUUAUUUGAGAUUUAUGUCCUGUAUUUGUUGCAUGAUAAGGAAAAUCUCAAAUUGUUGUAUGUGGAUGGAAUUUGGAAACCCAUUUUCUUGAAAGCAUGGAAUUCAUGUCUCAAAUUACGAAAAAGCAAGAGGAAUGUUUCGAACAAUUAUGAUGAGGCUAAUGAGAUUCAAAUUGAAAAGAUUGAAAUUCAUCAGAUGCUGAACGACCCUUCUAAUACGACGUCAACUUCUAAUACCUAUUAUUCUCAAAUGGACUGA